GUUUAGUUAACGCCGACGCCGCCGUCAAUUCCAUCAGUUGCCUUGCGCACUUCGAUCGUUGCAGUUGUAACCGUUUCUUGUGCCGAUUGCUCGCCGUGUUUAUAUCCGUGAUCGAUUCAGUGGAAUACACAAAGAAAUAACAAAAACUAAACAAAAGCCAUGUUGAAGUCAAUCCUUGUUUUCUCCUGCCUUCUGGUGGCCUUCAGCGGCGUUCACUGCGACGAUCUGAAAGUGGAUGUGAUCAGCACUCCCGAGAUUUGUGAUCAAAAAACAAAGAAUGGCGACUCUCUCACCAUGCAUUACACGGGCACUCUUCAAGCCGAUGGCAAGAAGUUUGAUUCAAGUUUCGACCGCGACCAGCCUUUCACAUUCCAAUUGGGAGCCGGCCAGGUGAUUAAAGGCUGGGAUCAGGGUCUGCUCAACAUGUGCGUGGGUGAGAAGCGUAAGCUGACAAUUCCACCACAAUUGGGCUAUGGCGAUCAGGGAGCUGGCAAUGUGAUUCCACCAAAGGCAACUCUCGUUUUUGAGGUGGAGCUGAUCAACAUUGGAAAUGCGCCAGCUGCCACAAAUGUGUUCAAGGAGAUCGAUGAGAACGCUGACAAACAGCUGAGCCGCGAAGAGGUAAUCGUCUAUGUCAGCGAAUAUCUGAAGAAACAAAUGACGGCUGUUGAGGGACAGGACUCUGAUGAGCUUAAGAAUAUGCUGCAGGAGAACGACAAGCUUGUGGAGGAGAUCUUCCAGCACGAGGAUAAGGACAAGAACGGUUUCAUCUCGCACGACGAGUUCUCCGGUCCAAAACACGACGAGCUGUAAAGUUCGGUCUAGGACAAGUGCUUAAGUUAUAUCUAUCUAUAACUAUCUAUGUAUAAAUACAAUAAACAAUAACAACAACAACAUCGAAAA